CAAUGGGAGCAAUUGGCUUCCAAAUAUAGAGAUGGGGGUCACACUACUUGGCCUCCAGGGCCUUUCUUCGUGGUAUAAAUUGUCUGGCCAUGAUGUCUCAACACCUCUUGUUUUCGUACUCAUAGUCUGGCCUCCACUUACUAAUCUGAGUUGACAAGAUGUGCGAUGAUGAAGAGACCACCGCUCUGGUGUGUGAUAAUGGGUCGGGUCUGGUGAAAGCCGGGUUUGCGGGAGAUGAUGCACCACGAGCCGUGUUUCCUUCCAUCGUUGGUCGCCCACGUCACCAGGGUGUCAUGGUUGGUAUGGGCCAGAAGGACUCAUAUGUCGGAGAUGAGGCCCAGAGCAAAAGAGGUAUCCUGACCUUGAAGUAUCCCAUCGAGCAUGGCAUCAUCACAAACUGGGAUGACAUGGAGAAGAUCUGGCACCAUGCGUUUUAUAAUGAGCUGCGGGUUGCCCCUGAGGAGCAUCCCACCCUGCUCACAGAAGCCCCUCUCAACCCAAAGGCCAAUAGAGAAAAGAUGACUCAGAUCAUGUUUGAGACUUUCAAUGUCCCCGCCAUGUAUGUGGCCAUUCAGGCCGUGCUGUCACUGUAUGCAUCUGGGCGAACCACAGGUAUUGUCCUGGACUCUGGUGAUGGUGUAACCCACAACGUACCAGUUUACGAAGGUUACGCUCUUCCUCAUGCCAUCAUGCGCCUGGACUUGGCUGGUCGUGACCUCACAGAUUAUCUCAUGAAGAUCCUAACAGAGCGAGGAUAUUCUUUUGUCACAACUGCUGAGCGUGAGAUUGUGCGCGACAUCAAGGAGAAGCUUUGCUACGUGGCUCUGGACUUUGAAAACGAGAUGGCCACCGCAGCGUCCUCUUCAUCCCUGGAGAAGAGCUACGAGCUGCCCGACGGCCAGGUUAUCACCAUCGGGAACGAACGUUUUCGUUGCCCAGAGACCCUCUUCCAGCCCUCCUUUAUUGGCAUGGAGUCUGCUGGUAUUCAUGAAACUACCUACAACAGCAUCAUGAAGUGUGACAUUGACAUUCGUAAGGACCUGUACGCCAACAACGUCCUCUCUGGUGGGACCACCAUGUAUCCUGGUAUUGCUGACCGCAUGCAGAAAGAGAUCACUGCUCUGGCCCCCAGCACCAUGAAAAUCAAGAUUAUUGCCCCCCCUGAGAGGAAGUACUCUGUGUGGAUUGGUGGCUCCAUCCUCGCGUCUCUGUCCACCUUCCAGCAGAUGUGGAUCAGUAAGGAGGAAUAUGAUGAGGCCGGACCGUCUAUAGUCCACAGGAAGUGCUUCUGAGGAACUUUAUUUUCUUUCUCUAACCAUCCUCUAUUAUCUUCCCAGCAAUUUAUAUCUUGUCAAAGUCUAUGUUUAUGUAUUUGGAAUUUAUAACAGAAUAUGUAUAUAUUUCAAAAUAAAUCAUUUUUAAGAAUU